CAUUUUUGGAAAGUGCAGGCUCAGGUCGCUGUGACGAGUCCACAUUUCAACAUGUUGCUGUCACCUGCUGCUGAGAGAAACAAAGACGACCUCCUACAGGUGCUCAAAGACUUACUGGACACGGACAGAGAGCUCUUUGGCCUGGAGCUGGGCUCAGGCACCGGUCAACACGUCAUUCAUUUUGCUCAGGAGCUUCCAUUUGUGACCUGGCAGCCAUCGGAAAUCAGCAGCUCAGCUCAUGAGAGUAUUUGCUCCUACAUUACGGCCACCAAACUGACUAACGUGCUGCAGCCUGUCUACCUGAACAUUGAGGACCACUGGGAAAACUGGGCUGGGUCGCCCAAGUCCUCUUGUGACGUGGUGCUGUGCAUCAACCUGUUGCAUUUCUGCCCCUUCAGAACCAUUCAGAAUAUCUUUAAGGGGGCUGGUGAACUUCUGAAAAUUGGCGGCUUGCUGCUCACGUAUGGGCCCUUUGCUGUCAAUGGUAUUAUCUACCCACAAGACAAUAUUCAGUUGAAUGCCAGCCUGCAAGAAAGGAAUCCCGAGUGGGGCCUCCCUGAUGCUGACGUCCUGAGGCAGCUGGGCUAUGAGAACGCAAUGCGCUUGGAGAGGAUGAUCGAAAUGCCAGAAAACAACAAAUGUUUAAUCUUCCAUAAAAUUGAGAUGUGAAAUCCUGCCUCAGUUACCCUUCAGUUGUGUGUGGUAUCAAACAUGUACUGCCUGCAUACUCUUGCCACAUGAGGCCGGGCAUUGUC